CCAGUACUUCUCGCUCAAGGAUCGUUGGAUUCGAAUGAACACAGCUUCAUGUACAAGACAAAUUAGUUAUUUUUAGGGAAAUGGCUGGCUGGAUCACUUUUCCAUUGAAGCGAUCCGAUGGUGUUGAUUAUAAAAAGCCAUUGGAAAAAUUUAUCAAGAACACAUUCUCUGCUGAGACGGCGGAAGAGAAUGAAGACGCCAUUUCUGAGCUUUCGAAGUUGAGAAACACUGUUGUAAUGCAGACUUUGGAUAAACAUGAAUCUGCUUUGGAGCCAAUGCUCAGGUAAGAGCGAUUUAUCAGCAGGAAGGGACUACAGUGCGUGAAUUCUCGUAUGUUUCCUAUGCUCGAAGUGCCGUUUGUAUGUGCUGACACUAUCUACCGCAACAUUGAUAGAAAAUAGGUCCAGUUUACAUGCAAAUUUCGAAAUUUCCAUGGGUACAGUUUAAUUCAACAACAUGUCUUCUCCACUAAACGGCAUGAGUUACCUUUCUCGUUAAAUCCAAAACUGUUAUAUUAAAGGCUAUAUCAUUCAUAAAUUUGAAUGCAACAUGACAGCAAUAUAAUGCAGUCAGAUACAUUCAUCAGGCUUUUCUUUCAACUAUCUUAUACGUUAUGUUUUCCUUUCAAAUUUGGCAGAUUUAAUGAAAAAUAAAUGGAAAAAUACUCUAACGUCAUUAAGCAUCAUGUUAAAAUCAUGAAAACCGUUUUCGAGAAUGAACGAGUGCGUGCAGCUGUAUCGUUUUCAUCGUAGCAGUAAGUUGGAUAAUGAAUUUCUUUGCGAGGUUACCUCAUUGACUUUUGUAUUAUGCAAAAUACAAGAUGUCACGACUUUGAAUUAUCACGAAAUAGAAGAACAGUAUAAUGUUAGUGUUUGAAUGCAAAUAUAGUACUCUAGAUGACUCCCAUGAGGAACAGUUGUGAAAUAAGUCAUUGUAAUUGUUUUUUAUUUAGAGAAAAUAAAUGUUUUGAUGAUUAGGGCUAGCAUAUUUCUUUUAUGCAUUCAAACACUAACAUUCUAGCUUUUAACCUGCUGAUGACUGAAAUCAAUUGAAAAUGUUUGCCAAAUUUUUUGUUUACAAAAUAUGUCAAACUUUAUUUUGUGCUAAACAUGGAUUUCUUAUACCCAGCAUAUAUUUAUCAUUAUCAUUCUUAAUACCUUUCCUCUCCCUUUUUAUGUCUUGCUGGAAUUAAGUUGUUGCAUUGCCCUUUGACUCUCAAGAUCUGAUUGCUGAUUUCCUUGUACAUUAGGUACAAGAAUUUGAUGUUAGAUUGAGAUAAUCACCUCUGUCUGAUAAGUUUGGGUAUUCUCAUAACCUGUUUGCUGGAUAACAUAUGGAUAUUUUGGGGAGAAGUUGCAUAUUAAUCAUUUCUGGGAGUUAAAAGGUUAAGUGUAGGUCCCAUAGGUUUAUAGAUGUUCCACCACAUUGCAAGUUGGUCUCCCCUGCUACCUUACCCCAUCUUGAUGAGUUUGUCCCAUUGAAUACAGAAAGUUGACCCCCAUCUCUACCAGUAAGUUUACAAAUAAAAAAUUUGUUUCCUGAGAGCAGGAAGUGUUUGUUUAUCAGAGGAUCAAAACAAUGAGGGUUAACAUUAAAGAUCCCACUCUGUCAAAUCUUUCAGAAAAGGAGCUUGUUCUCCUACUAGGAGACAAUUUGAAAUAUCAGGGGGUGAAGUGGUAAAGGUCUGGGCUAAAUGAUAGAGAAAAGUCAUCAGGGAUAGGAGCAAAUUAGUGAAGGCAUGAACUUGAUAAAGAUAUUGAAAUUGCAUUUUUGUAGCAAGUUCAAAAUGCAUUAUUUUUGAUAGAGUGGACUGGACAUUACAUUAAUCCAGUGUUUGGCUCCAGAAAUAAAAUGUUCACUUUUAAUGGAACUUUAUUUGAAUAUUAUUCCCGAAGUUAGGGUGUGGCUCACCAGCAGGUAUACCACGUACAAGGGUCUCAACAAUAAUUUACUCUAACAAUGUUUUUACUAGGUACUAUGAUCAACUGGAGGCAAUGGAGGGGAAACUUCCUGUUUCAGAAUCACAGGUAAUUAAUGAACAGUGGAAAUGUAAUAUUUUUUUCAGUUCUUGUAUGUCAUUUUUUAGAGCAAGGUUUGAAUGUUAUGUUUUUCAUGUCUUUUUUUCUACAACAGGUGUUUUUUUUACAUGAUGAUCAAUAAUUUUUUCAAGUACAUAGUUGCUGUUGGUGUUUAUUGAAUAAUUAUUUAUUCUGAUAUGUUCCCCUUUAGAUAAGAAUCUCAUAUACUUGGUAUGAUGCAUUUGACAAAGGAUCCUUGUUUGGUUAUCGCAAAAGUUGUGAGUAUUAAAGCAUUUCAUGAUUAGAAAGAAUUUGUAGCUUCUAUAGGAAUGUGGCAGUCACAUGGUGAUGCUGUACUUCAAAUCUUUGCCUCAUGCACCUGACUCUUGUAAUAGAAAGUGUAUUCUGGAAGUUAAAUUUGAGGCUGCUGAUGAAAUCCUGAAAAAAAAAGAAACUAGUACUUACUUAUGAUACUGUACACCUGUAAAGUAUCAGAACCAAAUGCACAGGAUUAAGGUGACCUUGUCAAAACUCAAGUGAGAUAAAUAUCUACUGAGUGUUUUAUGUCUAGAAGUUUGUUCAAAGACUUUAUUUUUCUUUGUCCACAGCAAUGUCAAGUCUGCAGUAUGAGCGACUAUGUGUAUUGUUCAAUAUCGGAGUUUUACAAGGACAAAUCGCAGCAGCUCAGAAUUUCCAAACAGAUGAAGGAUUAAAAACUGCAGCAAAAAUGUUCCAGGUGAGCACAUCACACAUAAGUCUGUUUAUUCCAAGAAAUAUUUAACUGACAAUGGAUCAAGAUGCAUGUAAAUAUUGGCAGUAGUAUACUACUAGGUAACAAAGUACUCUAGGAUUUCUUUAGGGUUAUUGUACUUUAACAUGAAGAUAUAACCCCCUUGGUAUUUGAACGUUUGUAAAUUGUUUUUUUUCAAAUUUCCACCCUGGGGGGCAAGAAUUAUGUUCAGAUGCCCCCCAUGCUAGUGUGACUUUCUACACUUCAACAAGUUAAAACUUAGACCUUGUAGGCCUUUUCUUCUGAGCCAUUUGCUCACGAAAACGAACUAUUUAUCUUGAACAUCCUCAUGUUUAAUUAAAGAUAUAAUGCUUGUAUUCUUCUGGAAAGACCCUACACUUCCUGUACAAUUUUCCUAACACCCCCCCAGAUAAUGAUCAAAUGCCUGUGGAUUGCCCAGGGAAUGGGGGGAGGAUGUUGAAGCUUUGAACUGAUCAGUGCAUUACUGAGAUUGUUGUCAUGCAGAUAAAUAAAAUUUGUUGACAACAAUUUUGUUCUUAUCAAAUGAUUGCUUUAACAGUCAGCCAGUGGAGCCUUUCAACAAUUGAAGGAUGCGGUGUUUCCCCAGCUAAAUCAGGUACCAACACCUGACCUAUCUGUGGAGAUGUUGACGUUUUGUGGUGCCGUAAUGUUAGCUCAAGGCCAGGAAAGUAUCUGGAACAAAACUGAGCAAGGUAAUUAUAUGUCAUCAUAUUUGGUGAACCCUUUACACCUUAAUAUCAGUAGCUACAUUCUCCAUACUCCUCUCUUCACAUUGCUUUUGGUUACUGACAAGGGGAAUUUGUUUAUUAAUCAAAGCUUCUUAGGUUGGCAAUCAUUUCUGUUAUUCUCAUGAUUUUAAUGAAUGAUUCAGCAGUAUUUUUGAAAUAAGAAAUUAGAAUCUGCUCAACGUGAUGGUUUAAAAGUAUGGAAGAGUUUACCAGACAUUGCCCAUGCUGGUUUGGUAUUUUAACCACUGCCUGGUUGGGUUAUCUGGUUAAGUGCAUGACUACCAGUAUUCUCAUUACCUGUUUGCUGGAUAAUGUAUGGAUAUUUUAGGGAGAAGUUACAUGUUGAUAAUCUCUUGGAGUUAAAGGGUUAAAGUGUAAUUUGUAUAUAUGUGAUAUGUGAUGAUAAAUGUGCAUGCCAUAAAUUGGAAAUGACAGUAAGAAAAUAAUGCAUCAUUCUGCGACUAAUAAUUUGCAUAUUUUGUAGAUAAAAUGAAGGAUGCUGUGAUUGCUAAGGUUGCCGCACAGGCAGCAGACUUUUACAAGAGUGCACUUAGUUCUGCUCAAAUACAGUCAGUGAAACAAAUGCUGGAGAAGGUAAUGAGUUGUGACAACAAUUUCUGGGGUUUGUUUGUUUCAUGUUUUGUGAUGGUUUUUUUUUUUUUGCUGGGGGAGGUAGAGGGGGGGGUGGGAAUUACAUCCCAUAUAAUCUGAGUUGGUAUGUGCUGCUGCAAAUUGGUAUGGAUUGCUACCAUUAUGGUCUGAAAUUAUGUAUGAUUUUCAGGCAAACCAAGAGUGUAUUUUAAAGCGUUUGUGUUCUCAACUUCAAAUGAAUAAUUCAGAAAGAGAAAUAACCAAAAGAUAUCAUUUGAGCUCAGUUUCCCUUUAAUUGUACAAUUUCUUAACUUUUGCAUAAUGUGAAGCUUAAAUAUGCAACAACAAAGCACAGGGAACUUGCAAACCAAGUUUAACUUGACCCUUUAGUUCCCAAGAGUGACUGAGACAAUAUUUUUCCCUUUGAAUAUUGAUACAAUAUCAAGCAGACAAGUGAUGAGGAUGAUGAAAAAUAUCAUUUAAGGGAUUAUAACUUGAUCCAAUACGAAAUUCUUCAAACUAAAAUCGUAAAAACUGUGUAGCAGACACUAAGGAGAAUUACUAAUAAGAUCUUGGGAGUGAAAGGAUCAAGAAGCUAGGCUUAAAAACUGCUAUGGAUUUUGAAAAAAGGGUCGCGAUUUGGAGAACCAGCCUGCGCACCAUUUUCAAGAAUUUCAAAGGGCAAAUCUUCCGGAAUGAUUAAGCCAUGAAUUAGCAUGUUGCAGAUGUGGGAAAAGACUGCAUUUUGUAUUUCAAUCCUUAAUUGCCUCUUAGCCCAUAUUUUUGUGCCUAACAGUUGUCAUUAUGGCUGGUAGCCAAUACAUUUUAUUUCUGGUUGGGUCAGUAUAUUUGAGUAGAAUGUAUGGCACCAUGAUGCGUAAAUGCAUUCUGCAACCCACACAAGUGAUCUUCCAAAUUUCUUCUUUUCAGGAGUGGAUUUCUAUUCUAUCGGCUAAAUCGGAAUUUUUUAAAGCUAUAGCAGAGUAUCACAUGGCUCGAGUGGCCAAAGACAAAGCAGCUUAUGGAGAGGGAGUAACAAGAUUUAAGGUGAGUUAGGAUGAGAUGAGCAUGCUACAGGAUUUCGUUCGAUGAGCGGGUGAGGGAAAAGGCUGCGGAAAAUCUGACCCAAGCUCUUUUUAACACAGCGGUUAUACGUAGGCAUGCGCAAAGGGGUCAAAUCUGGCCAGCUGCGUACGAAUUUCCUACGUAAUGUUUUAAAGGAAUACAUAAGAAACAGCCAAUAUCUCGCAAAAUAUGCGUAAAAUAAUUGAAACGUUCAUUAAAAUUUCUUAAAAGGAAACAAAAGAUGACAGAAGAAACCUCGAGACUUUUCAAACAAAGAGGUUAUUUAAUUAUCCAUUGGUUUUGGUUGUGGUUUUACCCCACUCAACCAAAAUGCACUCUAAGAAAUUUACACUUAGUGCUCUACACUUAAAAAUUUCUUAUAUCUUGUGGACCAACCUAAUCUAGGGACUGCUCUAUAUAACCUGCCAGGUAAUGCCUUAUUUACUGAGUCGAGGAAACAUUGAUGCGAAUGCGUGGAAUGAAAUUUCUGCAGUGCUCACGAAGAACGUCUUUUUGUUCGGAUUUAACGAUUUCUCUUUCGGUCACUUGUUAAAGCAAACGAAGGAAAAAACUAGAGGAAGAACGAAUGACGACCGAGAGUGUAUUAACGAACCAACAAGAUAGGCGUUUUUCUUAAGCACAGUGUCUUUACUUUUCAGCAAGCUGAACAACAAAUGGCAAAUGCUGUAAAACAGAGCAUGGGACUUGUCGACUUCAAGGUAACUUAAAAGCUUCUCUUUGUUGAUUAUUUGAGAGACACACUUGCCUUUUGACAGGCGCACUGGACUCUAGGUCGAGCGGUCUGGGUUCGAACCCUGGCUGGGUCAAUGUAUUGAGCUCACAGGCAAGAUAGUUUGGAUCAAUGUCAGAAUCUAACCAACUGCGCGCUUACCCUUCCCCCUAACCAACAACAGUCAACUUAUAACAUUUUGAGGUUAAGGUUUACUCAGAACUGUUUUCUUUUCUGUUCAGACGUGGGAAGGAAGGAUCAAGCGAGAGGCCACCGAGCUUAAGAAAGACAACGAGUUCAUAUAUCACGAGAGAAUGCCCGACAUAGAUUCCUUAGGGCCCAUUGGUCGUGCUGCUCUCGCCAAGUCCUUACCGCUGUCCAAACCGGCCUCAUCCAAGUUUACAGACUUGUUUUCCAAGUUGGUGCCCAUGGCUGUCCAUAAUGCACUUCAAGCGUAUGGAUCUCGCAAAGGGGAAAUCGUCAAUUUUGAAGUUGGCCGACUUCGCGAAGGAACGCAAUUAAUGAACAGGUUUGAAUCGGCAAUAUGUUGAAAACACAAACAAAGUCACAUGGCUGAAAAGUACUUCGUGUUAGAGCUGUCAUGCAGGUGAGCCAACACAGCGGUCAAACCUCUGCGCGUGGCGUACUUUCAGGCUAAGAGAACUAAGUUUUCUCUUACGAGCUACAAACAAUUACACAAGCUGUAGGCUACGGUGUUUUCAAAGCCUUUAACUUUUUCGGUAAAGCUCAAAACAGAAUUGUAAAUCAACUGGAUACCCCUACGUGAAUCAGCUUUGUGUUUGAAAAGUCUCGAGUUUUCCCUUUUCCUCACUUUUGUUUCUAUUAACAGAUCUCUCUGAACUUUUCAAUUUUCUUUCGCAUAUUUGGCGAGGUAGCGUUUGUUUCUUAUGUUUUCCUUUGAAAUUUUGUGCGGGAAAUAUGCGCGCGGACGGCCAGAACUAAUCCCCUCGCGCAUGCACCACGUUAUACCGCUGUGUUAGGUAAGCUUCGUCAAAGGUUUGCAAAUUAGCUUUUACACUCAAAUAUAAAGUUAGAGCGAAAUGUGGAAUGAUGCAAAUAAAACUAUUGAAGUAUUUUCAGUAUUCGCUAGGUUUCAUCGAACGCUAAAGUAACUACAAACUAGAGUUUUAUCCACGGUCUUGAGAAUGAAACGGUGAUAAUUAGGAUUUCCCUUAACCUUACUCUAGUGUAUAAAAAAAACUUAAUGAAAUGAAACCAAAUCCUGUUACCAGCUGAAAUUGCUUCUAGGUCCACAGCAUUGUGCUGUUUAUAUCACGGCUUUUGUGUUCCCUUUUCAGUGUUCUUGCGUCGCUGAACUUGCCAGCAGCCAUAGAAGACUUGUCAGGACAGACAAUUCCCAAGUCGGUGUUGGACAAAUCAGCAGCAGUGAACGAAAAGGGAGGUUUGAAUGCCAUCGAUAAGUUGAUGCAGGAUUUGCCAGAACUUCUCGAGAGAAAUAGAGAGAUCCUGGACGAGGUAAAUUUUGUUGAAAGUGUUUUUCCUCUCCCUCCCCCCCCCCCCAUCCUUUUUGAUCCAUUUGAGCGCUAACCGAUUUUGCACCAAAAGUUUAUAGAGAAACGAACUGAAAAAGCUAUAACCGAAACCAAUAGUAGAUUGCAAGAAUUAGAGGUAUCGCCUGUUACUUCUCAAUGUGAAGUAUUUAACAUUGGCUAUAGUUUACAACUGUUGAGCCUUAUGCAAUCGAAAUAUUCUUGUGUUUUCAGGCAAUGCGAAUGAUGGACGAGGAGGAACGUCAAGACACACAAAUGAGAGAACGCUUCACGGCUAAAUGGACUCCAAAACCGUCCGCUGAACUCACCAUGCAGUUGAGACAGGAAGCUGAGAAAUAUCGCGGCAUUUUGGAAAAUGCAGUACGAGCUGACGCUAUUGUUAAAGAGAAAUACAAUAAUCAUCGACGGAACAUGGAUCUGCUAAGUAAAGGAGAGGUAUGAAUUUUUUCAGUUGUUUUUAAAAAAUUUGGAACAUAUGGGAAGUUGAGAAUAGCAGGUGAGUAGCUUUGAACGCUCGGAGAGUCUCUCAUUCCCAGGGAGGCUCGGGCACCUCUCGUGUGGGAAAUUUUGAAGUUCCAUUCUGUUGCGGCUGCAUUUCUCGAAUUUCGAGGUUCGUUUGAAAUAAUUUUGCUAUGUUGUUCCUGAAAGUCGACCAAUUGGAACCAAGAUAAUUUGUUUAUGUCAACUGAGUUGAUAAUGUAAAUUGGCCUCUGUAAAGAGUUUUUAAAGCUUUCGAGCGUUAGUCCUUUGUUAGAGCGAAUGGCGUAAGGCUAAAGCUCGAUAUGUCAACUUUAUAAACCCUUUACGGUGGCCAAUUUACAUUAUCAAUUCAGUUGAUAAAGCCAAAUUAUCCCUAUCGACGCGGCGAGUUGCUUGGAAGUGAGUCGCAAAGGAUAUUCGGAGUUUGAGUAGCCAAUCAGAGUGCACCUUCAACGCUAUCCACUGUUUUAGUACCGUAUAUACUUAUAUUUCAUUGUCGAAGAUAAAAUUCAUAUGCCGCUCUGGCAUACUAUUACUUUCACACCCCAUUUGUCUGAGCAAUUUUGUGACAUGUGCAGACGUUUCGCAACUCAUUUGUAGGUGGAUAAUCUGAACCAAACACCUUGUAUCUCAUUACAGGCGCAGUUGGCAGCAGCCAUACCCAAAGUUGGAGCUUCGUCAUCCUCUUCAGCUUCAAGCCCGGCUGUACAAGAACUGAGGAAACUAAUGGAGCAAGUAGACACUAUCAAAGCCGAGAGGGAUGCUAUAGAACAGGACCUGAAAGUACAGCAGGACGAUAUGGGUGAGCUGAGAGAGAUACCAGGGUGAUAUCACAAUUGGAGAAAUUUUGGGUUGAGUAUCAAAAGUAAUCCGGAAUCGUUCUGUUUCAGCUUUGCUGCGGCCUGUGAUUGGUCAGAAAACUCCACCCUCUUGACCAAUCAGAAAACCAAGACAAAUCACGACUCGAUCACCCGCUUUUUCCCUCGCUUUAGGCAGCUUGUUUAUUUUUUUCGAGUUAUCAUUGGUUUCUUGUGCUGUUUCCUUUGUUUUGAUUGGUCUGUCGCGAUUAUUACUCUAGUUUUGGCUUUAGACUCUCAAUCAAAACCCGAGGUCCGCGAACAUUUAUUUAAAAUUAGAUUUAUAAAGUAUAUGAGAGUAGCAGAGUGGAGCUGCGGAUGAAGCAUCCAGCGAGCCAAACCACUUUCUUCUCAUAAAGAUGAGAGAAAACAAGGAAAAGCGAAGCAAGAACCUCUCUCUGCUGGAAAAAGUCAGCAUAUACUGUUUAUCAAUAGUACUUUGCAAAGCACGCGAAAACUUCCAUGUUCUCUUUUUUUUCUUUUCAAGCUGUGAAGUUCCUGAGCGCCCUUGCUGCUGAUGGUACAAUACCGGAUGUCGAGGCUAUCAUCAGUUCUAAUCUGAGUGCAGGCUUUGAUUCAGUGAAGGAAGGUGUUUCUGAGAGUAUUGCGAGACAGGAGAAGAUUCUGGCUGCAGUACAGGUGGGUGGAAUCGUUUUGAGAUGAAAUCACUUAGACCAAGUGUGCACUAAACAAUUUUAACCUUUUUGCUCCCAAAAUCUAAGUGGGAGCUCUCUCGACUGUGUGCUGGACAUUUCCUUAAGUUUUCGCUGUGAGAAUUUCGUGUAAAAUCAAAAUAUCCCCCUCAGUUGGUACUGUUUUUUUCUGCUUGAAAAUGUAUUGAUAUUAUGAGGAUAAGUUCCUUUUGAUCCCUUCAAGAAGGUUAAGGGGAAAGUAAGUAGUCACAACUUUCUUCUUACGACCAAACUUCAUUAAAAGAAAUUGCAGAAGUUGAAACCGUUACGCUAAUGUUGUUUUGUGUCGUGUAAGAGUCACAGAAAAUCCCUAAUUUGUUGUGGAAAAUUAUCCGGGAUUGUUGUGGAUUUGCUUUACUUCGUUGUAUGAUUGGUCCAGAAAAUUCGCGGCAUUUUCUCAACCAAUCAGACUCAAAACUAAAAUCAAUAGCACCUUGGUCACACGCGUUUUCCCGCGCUUCAGGCAGAUCGCUGGUGUUAACAUUGAGUUUUUAUUGGUUCCUUGCUAUAUUUUCCUUUAUUCUGAUUGGCUGUUGCGAUAACAUUAGUUUUUAGUUAUACGACUUUGAAUCGAAAAGCGCUCUAAGUAGAGCGUGACCUUGUGAUAAUAGUUUGUCAGAGUUAAUCAACAUCAAAGGCACAAAAAUAGACCAAAAAAGGAACGUGGAUGUAUUGAAGAGGGCGAAGAUAAACUCGGAUAAUAUUCGACAGGUUUUUAAAAUGUUGGCUAAAUUUUUCUAGAUGGCGAAAUCAUGGUUCAGCUUUUGUGAUAUUUGAAUGAUAGCUACGAGAUGGAAUUCAGCGCGAGAAAUCAGCGAGUGAUUAAAAAGAACAUGGAACGUAAUUUUAGGCUCAAUGACCAACUGUUGGGAUUCAAGGUCAGACAAGCGAUCAAAAUUUUAAACUAUUUUAAAACCUUAAAGAUUCACGCACUUAAGAAGUGAAUGUUUAAUUCCUUUUUUUUUUCUUUUCUUUUUUUUCCGCUAAAGGCUGCUAAUGAUAAGUUUGUGAAAGAAAAGCAGUCUGGGCAGGCAGCUUCUGAACGGGAAACUAUGCUGAAGGACCUGGCGACAGCUUAUGACAUUUACAUGGAGUUAAUUGGUAAUCUACAAGAAGGAACAAAGGUGAAGGACGAUAGCAGUUGAUAGUUUGAAUUAAAUUAAGAUUCUCACAAUUCUGUUGUUGUUCUCUUGCAGUUUUACAAUGAUUUUACGCCGAUAUUGGUGCGUUACCAACAGAAAACCAGUGAUCUUGUGUUCGCUCGAAAAACAGAGCGUGAAGAGUUGUCCAGGUAAGAAAACCAUGCCCCGCCAUAUUCAGUCGAGAGCGCUAGAUUUAGCUUCUAGUUUCACAGCCUUCUUAUUGGUUGGUGAGAGACUCGACGGCUUGCCCUUUCACACGCUGACAUCAGUAUGCAUUUUCUCCUUACUGUUCCCUAUACAUUCACUAAUGUGCUGACAAGGAGAAUUUGUUGAACAACUAAGAGCUUCUCUCGGGUAGUUAGUGAUCAUUUCGUUUAUUCUCGUGAUCCUAAUGUGUGAUUCAUGGUUGAUAUUGUAAGGAGAAAUUAGAUGUUAGUCACUUUAAGGGGUCAAAGGGUUAAUGAACAGUGUGCUAGACUCCUGAGAGACAGGGUGUGCACUUGUUUCGAUUCCUGGAAAGAAUCAUUCCCUGCUUUUACGAGCAAGAUUCUUUAUAAUACAUCUUGUAAGUUUGUAUAAUCAGAUUAAAUUGCGCAAGCGUGGUCCAUAUUCCCAUUUUCCAUGCUGUUGACGUAUGUGAACGUCAUCAAUACUCAAGAAACAAGGGUUGCUCUUGGCCACGCAUCGAGCUACUUUUACGUAUCUCUUUGGUCCUCCAAACUUCCAGCGUGCUUCAUAUCUCGAUGAACACGUGCUGGCUUAUGAAACAAUGCUGAGGCACCCUCAUAGUGCCUCUCCACCCAGGAGUAUACAUGGGAACCACUAAACAGUCAGAGGAAACCUAAUCAAAUGCUGGAAUUAACUUACGAUCUUACAGAAAAAGUCGUUAAUUUUUAAUGUGCGCGCUGAUCACUUGUAAAAUUAUGUUUGUUAAAGAUGCGUAGUCAAGUUCUCACAAUGCGUGUCUUUACCAACAGUAGAAAAAUUUUAAGUUUCAAGCUUUUUCUUUCUUCUUUUUCUCGCAUAUGUAUUUCAGAGACCUGCAGAAGACAAUAGCAAACCAACCGGCGGAACCAACACCUCAAGCGCCACCACAUCAUCAACCUUCAGGUCUGUCGAGUUUCAAGUAAACGACAUCAACACAAUUAUUCACAAGAGCAGCUGUAACGAUUCUAUUAGGAUACAUUUUAAUAGGGUCUCACAAAGUUAUGGUCUGUUGUUCUCGUUUACCAAGGUCAUAAUAAAAGUGCUCAUGACAAAGGAGCUUACUGUGUAACCGUCUUGGGAAUGAGGAGUGACUCGUCAAUUUCUUUUCGUUGUGUUGAUUUCAGGUGCGCGGGUGCCUCCUGGCCGCCCUCCGCCCCCAUCAGCUCAACCACAGCAGCAGCAGCAACCUCCGCCUGCCCCAUCUCCAGGCGCGCCUCCGAUGGCUCCUCCACCAGGAGCUCCCCAACAGUACCCCCCUCAGCAAUAUCAACCUAUGCCUCCCCCCGGAUACAUGCCCUAUCAGUACGGAGGGUACCCCGGAUAUGCACCCCCGCUACCACCUGGUUACUACAACUACGGUGGUUAUGGAAUGCCGCAGGGAUACCCCCCUCAGGGACAGCAACCUCCCCCGGGAGGUUAUCCACGACAAUAGAUCAUGUGAAUUGUAUUAUUUCUUAAGAUUUAAGUUAAUUGUCGAUUAGUCUAGAAUCUUCUCUUUCUGUCGACAGUCUGCCCCGAUAGAGACCUAACUCUUGUGGGAGGGGGGGAUAUUUAGAAUUCAGUACUAGUCCGGUAGGUAGAUUUAAAACUAUCAUUACAAUUUAGGUAUAAUUUCUAAUUAACGUUUUGAGGAAAGUUUAUCAACAGCAGGCACAACUAUGUAUUCACUCACGGAUGUAAAAUCACGGCUAAAAAUCUCGGUUGUAAAAUCACGGAUGUAAAUUCACAGAUAUAAAAUCACGGAUUCCAAAUAUUUUACAAACUCUUAAUGGAAUCCAUGUACUUUAAAAUCUCCAGAAAUGGCAGACUGAUCAAGAAGAGAAUUCGUCUUUGUUAGCCAAGAUAAACCUGGUUUAUUGCCAGUGCUUGAAUUUUCUUGAUGGAGUCAGGCUGCAAGAUUAAGAACGCAAGAUCGAUUAAAACGUAUACAAUUGAAGAUGUCCCAUUUAUAGAAAAAGUACAGGAUUCUGGAAGUUUUUCCCUGGUCACAGCCAUCACUUAUCCUUGUCUGUUGAACGGGCGGGGUAACGGGUUGAAGUUUUAGAAUUUAUUUGACAGUGAGAUUGUUUGAUUUGAAAAUUUGUUCCUUUUCUCUUUGGCCGAUAUUUCGGUAACAUAAACAAUGUAGCUUAUCAUAUUUUGACUUUGCCUCUGUUGUUCGCUAGAAAAUAAAAAUUCCUGAUGCAUAAGAAAUCAAGAAAGCACUCUGGGGUUGUAGUCG